UUCAUCUCCUCCCACAGAAACAUCAUUGGCUACAUGGCCAUGUCACAGUCCAGAAACUUCUCAUGAGAGGAAACUUUCUGACAGACAUUGGAAGAUCUGCAGUUUGAUUGAGUAGCUUCUCCUUGGACUCCAUCACAGGAAAAAUGAAGAGAUGCAGGAUUUUAGCAGCUUCGCUGGUGCUUUUCAUUGGCUUCUGCUUAAAACUGGGAACGUGCGCAGCAGCCCAGCCUGAGCUGAGAAUAACAACAAUAAAGCAAGAGCCUUACACCACUCCCAAAGGUGCACAGAUGGAAGGCUUCUGCAUGGACCUGCUAUCUGAAAUCGCCAAAAUGUUGGGCUUUAAAUACAAAGUCCACCUGGUGAAAGACGGUUCUUACGGCCGGCAAGAUGAGAGCGGUCACUGGAACGGCAUGAUUGGAGAGGUGAUGCGAGGGGAAGCCGACCUCGCCAUCGCUCCCCUCACUCUGACGGCGGCUCGAGAGCGAGUGGUGGGGAUGACUAAACCCUUCAUGCAGACGGGCAUCAGCAUCCUGCUGAGGCGGGAUAUUUCAGAAGAGUCUGGUUUGUUUGAGUUCCUGACCCCCUUCAGCGCGGAGACCUGGGUCGGCGUACUGGCCGCCUACCUGGGAACCGCCGCCUGCAUCUUUCUCGUCGCCAGACUCAGCCCCUGUGAGUGGAGUCAGCCAGAGAGCGAAGCAACCAAAUUCACCCUCCUCCACAGUUUGUGGUACACUGCUGGAGCUCUGGCCCUUCAAGGUGCUGGCCCUCACCCCAGAGCUUUGUCAGGACGUCUUGUCUGCGGCAGCUGGUGGUUAUUCACCAUCUUUCUCUUGGCUUGUUAUUUCUCCAAUCUGAGGUCCUCUAAAAGCUUGGAGUCCUCACAACUGCUGGUGAAAGGCUUUGAGGACUUGGCAAAUCAGGACAUGAUUGAGUACGGUUGCCUGACCGGCUCUUCAACGCUGGCUUUCUUCAAGAAUUCAAAUAACCCAGUGUACCGAAGAAUCUAUGAGCACAUGGAGAGAAGCAAGAGCUUUGUCUCCACAAUGGAUGAAGGGGUUCGACGUGCCAAAGAGGGCAACUACGCAUUUAUUGGAGAGUCUGUGUCCCUGGAUUUGGCUGUGGCCCGCUACUGUGAACUUGUCCGGGCACAUGAAGUCGUUGGCAUGAGGGGCUACAGUAUUGCCACCGCUCUGGGUUCUCCCCUGAUAAAGAACCUCAGUAUUGCCAUUCUGCAACUGAGCGAGGCGGGUGAACUAGCGUACCUGCGCAGCAAAUGGUGGGCGAGCAGCUGCGUCGCUGACAGGGCCAAGUCUUCAACCCCACAGCCGCAGAGCCUCAAAGGCGUGUUCCUGAUCCUCUCACUUGGUUUGGGACUGGGAGCUCUGGUGGCUGUUCUAGAGCUCUGGACCAAGAGUCGCACCAGUGCCGCAGGCCAGAGGAAAUCACACUGUAAAGUGCUGACUGAAGAACUCAGCCUGCGCUUCAGAGCCAACACUGAAGGGGCCCCUCAAGAGGUUGCAGACAAAGAAAAGGCCUAAAAUCACUAACAUUUGUAAAUCUUUAACAAAACAAGCAAUAACCUAGUCAUAUUUUUUCUCAAUUUAUUGUUAGGUAUUAAUUUAGCAUAGAAAAAUAACUUUAAAAUGCAUUUUAAAAGCACAUUUCAGAACAACAUAUUUUGACACCACAGUUGUUAUAGCAAACGGUUUACAAAAUAACAUUGAAUGAGCUAAACAGGAAAUGACUCACAACCUUGAAAGUUUGCCCUGAUUCUACUGCUGUUUUGUACAGUUGGCAAUGAUCCGAAUAUUCACAUUUGUAAACGUAUGAACUCCAGCUGGAUGCAGUUGACUGUAAACAUGACAGCAAACAUUAAAAGUCUU